UCUCGGCGGAGGCUUGGCCGGGUUCUCUCCCUCUCUCUCCCUCUCCUCUCACUCCCCCUCUCUGUCUCUCCCUCACGAAUCCGCGGCGGCGGCGGCUCCUGCGCUCUGCUUCUGCCUCCCGCGUCUCCGGCUGCAGGUGAAAAGAAGGCCAGCCAAGAUGGAUAUUUACGACACUCAGACCUUGGGAGUUGUGGUCUUUGGUGGGUUCAUGGUGGUUUCUGCCAUCGGCAUCUUCCUAGUGUCCACCUUCUCCAUGAAGGAGACAUCAUAUGAAGAAGCCCUCGCCAACCAGCGCAAAGAGAUGGCCAAGACUCAUCACCAGAAGGUAGAGAAGAAAAAAAAGGAGAAAACAGUUGAGAAGAAAGGAAAGACCAAGAAAAAGGAAGAGAAACCUAACGGGAAGAUACCUGAUCAUGAGCCAGCCCCCGGCGUGACUCUUCUCCUGAAAGAUCCCUUGCGGGCACCUGCUGUAGCUGUGGCCCCAAUCCCAGUCCAGUCCCAGGUGGUCAUUGCCCCUGUAGCCACUGUAACAGCCAUGCCCCAAGAGAAGCCAGCCUCAUCCCCUAAGGACAAAAAGAAGAAGGAGAAAAAAGUAGCAAAGGUGGAACCAGCAGUCAGUUCUGUAGUGAAUUCCGUCCAGGUUCUUACCUCCAAGGCUGCCAUCUUUGAAGCUGCACCCAAGGAAGUGCCUAUGGUGGUUGUGCCCCCAGUGGGUGCCAAGACCAGCACUGCAGGCACUGGCACUGGUCAAGGCAAAAAAUCAGAGGGGGCUCAGAGUCAGGGCAAAAAGGGGGAGACAGCUCCAAAUCAGGGCAAGAAGACAGAGGGACCUCAGAGCCAGAACAAAAAGGGUGAGGGGACUCCAAACUCAAGCAAGAAGGGAGAGGGAACCCCAAACCAGGGUAAAAAAGGAGAAGGAACCCCAAACCAGGGUAAGAAAGGAGAAGGAACCCCAAACCAGGGUAAGAAAGGAGAAGGAACCCCAAACCAGGGUAAGAAAGAAGGAGCCCCAAGCCAGGGUAAGAAAGGAGAAGGAACCCCAAACCAGGGUAAGAAAGAAGGAACCCCAAAUCAGGGUAAAAAAGGAGAAGGAACCCCAAACCAGAGUAAGAAGACAGAGGGAACCCCGAACCAGAGUAAAAAAGGAGAAGGAGCCCCAAACCAGGGUAAGAAGGCAGAGGGAACCCCAAACCAGGGUAAGAAGGCAGAGGGAACCCCGAACCAGGGUAAGAAGGGGGAGGGAACCGCAAACCAGGGUAAGAAAGGAGAAGUAACUCAGAACCAGAGCAAGAAAGCAGAAGGAACCCCAAGUCAAGGCAAGAAGGGGGAGGGAACCCCAAAGCAGAGUAAGAAAGGAGAAGAAACCCCAAAUCAGAGUAAGAAGGCAGAGGGAACCUCAAACCAAGGCAAGAAGGUAGAAGGAGCCCCAAACCAAGGCAAGAAAGGAGAAGGAACCCCAAACCAGGGCAAAAAAGCAGAAGUGGCUGCCAAUCAGGGCAAAAAAGGGGAGGGGGCUCAGAACCAGAGUAAAAAUGUAGAGGGAGCCCCAAACCAGGGCAAGAAGGCAGAAGGGACCCAGAACCAGAGUAAGAAGGGAGAGGGGGCCCAGAACCAGAGCAAGAAGGGAGAGGGGGCCCAGAACCAGAGCAAGAAGGGAGAGGGGGCCCAGAACCAGAGCAAGAAGGGAGAGGGGGCCCAGAACCAGAGCAAGAAGGGAGAGGGGACCCAGAACCAGAGCAAGAAGGGAGAGGGGGCCCAGAACCAGAGCAAGAAGGGAGAGGGGGCCCAGAACCAGAGUAAGAAGGGAGAGGGGGCCCAGAACCAGAGCAAGAAGGGAGAGGGAGCUCCAAACCAGAGCAAGAAAGGAGAGGGGGCCCAGAACCAGAGCAAGAAAGGAGAAGGAACCCAGAACCAGAGCAAGAAGGGAGAAGGAACCCAGAACCAGAGCAAGAAGGGAGAGGGAGCCCCAAACCAGAGCAAGAAGGGAGAGGGCGCCCCAAACCAGAGCAAAAAAGGAGAGGGAACCCAGAACCAGAGCAAGAAGGGAGAGGGAACCCAGAACCAGAGUAAGAAGGGAGAGGGAGCUCCAAACCAGAGCAAGAAGGGAGAGGGGGCCCAGAAUCAGGGCAAGAAGGGAGAGGGGGCCCAGAACCAGAGCAAGAAGGGAGAGGGGGCCCAGAACCAAGGCAAGAAGGCAGAUUCUGUUACUAACCAGGGCACAAAGGCAGACAAUGUUACAAACCAGGGGAAAAAAGCAGAGGGGACCCCCAACCAGGGCAAAAAGGUGGAAGGAGCUGCCAAUCAGGGUAAAAAGAUGGAGUCAGCUCCUGUCCAGGGCAAAAUCACAGAUGCAGUGCAGAGCCAGGAGAUACCAAAGCAAGAGGAUCCUCCUGCAAAGAAGAAGAAGAAGAAGAAGUCUGGUUCAAAGAAAAAGGAGGAGCCCGGCACAGGGCCCCUGGACACCGACAGCCCUCUCUACCUACCCUACACGACACUAGUCUCCACAGUUGGAAGCAUGGUGUUCAAUGAGGGGGAGGCCCAGCGGCUCAUCGAGAUCCUGUCUGAGAAGGCUGGCAUCGUUCAGGACACCUGGCACAAGGCUACUCAGAAGGGUGACCCCGUGGCGAUUCUGAAACGACAACUGGAAGAAAAGGAGAAGCUGCUGGCCACGGAGCAGGAAGACGCAGCCGUGGCCAAGAGCAAACUGAGGGAGCUCAACAAGGAGAUGGCAGCCGAAAAGGCCAAGGCAGCAGUUGGGGAGGCCAAGGUGAAGAAGCAGCUGGUGGCCCGGGAGCAGGAAAUCGCAGCUGUGCAGGCGCGCAUGCAGGCCAGCUAUCGGGAGCAUGUAAAGGAGGUGCAGCAGCUGCAGGGCAAGAUCCGAACUCUUCAGGAACAGCUGGAGAAUGGCCCCAACACUCAGCUGGCCCGGUUGCAGCAGGAGAACUCCAUCCUGAGAGACGCCUUGAAUCAGGCCACCAGCCAGGUGGAGAGCAAGCAGAACGCAGAGCUGGCCAAGCUGCGGCAAGAGCUCAGCAAGGUCAGCAAGGAGCUACUGGAGAAGUCAGAGGCCAACCGGCAGGAGGAGCAGCAGCGGAAGGCUCUGGAGGCCAAGGUUGCCACCUUCGAGAAGCAGGUCCUGCAGCUGCAGGUGUCGCACAAGGAGAACGAGGAAGCCCUGCAGAAGCGCCUGGAUGAGGUCAGCCGAGAGCUAUGCCGAGUGCAGACCAGCCAUGCCAACCUGCGGGCAGAUGCAGAGAAGGCCCAGGAGCAGCAGCAGCGGGCAGCUGAGCUGCACAGCAAACUGCAGUCCUCCGAGGCUGAGGUGAGGAGCAAGCGCGAAGAGCUGAGCGGCCUCCAGGGGCAGCUCAAGGAAGCCAGGGCGGAGAACUCACAGCUCACCAAGCGGAUCCAGUCCAUCGAGGCCUUGCUGGAGGCAGGCCAGGCCCGCAGUGCUCAGGCUAGCCACGCAGAAGCUGAGCAGCAGCAGACCCGCCUUGGGGAGCUGGAGUCGCAGGUGUCAUGUCUGAAGAAGGAAGCCGUGGAACUGAAGGAGGCCUUGGAGCAGCAGAAAGGGAAGAACAACGACCUCCGCGAGAAGAACUGGAAGGCGAUGGAGGCCCUAGCCUCAGCUGAGAGGGCCUGCGAGGAGAAGCUGCGCUCCCUGACCCAGGCCAAGGAGGAGUCCGAGAAGCAGCUCCACCUGACUGAGGCACAGACGAAGGAGGCCCUGCUGGCACUGGUGCCAGAGCUCUCAAGCUCAGCUCACCAGAGUUAUGCCGACUGGCUGCAGGAACUCCGAGAGCGAGGCCCUAAGCUGCUGAAGCAGCUGCGCACUGACAUGGAAACCUCGGACAGGGCCGCUGAGCUGAGGGAGGCCCAGGAGAUGAACAUCACCCUGCAGGCUGAGUGCGAUCAGUACCGCACCAUCCUGGCUGAGACGGAGGGCAUGCUCAGAAACCUGCAGAAGAGCGUGGAGGAGGAGGAGCAGGUGUGGAAGGCCAGGGUGGGCGCCAAGGAGGAAGAGCUACACAAGUCUCAGGGCGCCGUGCGGCAUCUUGAAGAGGUCGUGCAGAAGCUCAAGGCGGAGCUCGAAAGUUCAGAUCAGGUCCGGGAACACACCUCGCAGCUAGAAGCAGAGCUGGAGAAGCACAUGGCAGCAGCCAGCGCCGAAUGCCAGAACUAUGCCAGAGAGGUGGCAGGGCUGAGACAGCUUUUGCUCGAGUCUCAGUCCCAGCUACAGGCGGCCCAGAGCGAAGCGCAGAAGCAGAGUGAUGAACUGGCCCUGGUCAGGCAGCAAUUGAGUGAGAUGAAGAGCCACGUAGAGGAUGGUGACGUAGCUGGGUCCCCAGAGAACUCCCCAGCCGAGCAGGAGCCCAUGGAGCUGAAGACACAGCUGGAGCGAACAGAGGCCGUCCUGGUGGAUGAGCAGACUCGGCGGCAGAAGCUCACAGCAGAGUUUGAGGAGGCGCAGACAGCUGCGUGUCGGCUACAGGAGGAGCUGGAGCAGCUCCGCACCGCCGGGCCCCUCGAGUCCUCGGGCACAGAAGAAGCAGCGCAGCUGAAGGAAAGACUAGACAAAGAGAAGAAGUUAACAAGUGACCUGGGGCGCGCAGCCACCAAAUUGCAGGAGCUUCUCAAGACAACCCAGAAGCAGCUGGCCAGGGAGAAGGACACAGUGAAGAAGCUGCAGGAGCAGCUAGCCAAAACCGACAGCAGCGGCGCCAAGGAGGGCACCUCCGUCUGAGCCUCGUCUGCCACAAAGACCUUACUGUUCGACUUUACCAAAAUGCCUUACACAUUCCUUUGAUGAGUCCAUCGGCCCAGCACCACAGUGUCAUCCAGGCCCACCUGCCAGGGGCUCCGAGAGAAGCCAUCGGAGACGGGGCACUCAGCACCACAGAAACGGACCUCGAAGCCCCGUGGCCCCCGAGAGGACCCGUCCCCUUGCUGAACACUAUUCCCACUGGAGCCUGGGUGCUGGGAGGCCGGGGCUUGGGCCCUCUGCGGCCAGCAGUGCAAUUGUUGUGUCUUCUCAGCAGGGUGGGAGUGGCCAGCCUAGAGGCUGCAAGGCCAGAACCCAGCACAGCGGCUGCCCCUCGCCCCUGCAAACUGCCAACCGGAACUGGUGUGUUACCUCCUGGAUGUGAAUGCCAUUAAAACCAACAUUGUUA